GACCAAUCCUUUACUCAUUCGAUGAAUAAAACUCUUGCCUCUCCGGCUUCCAGCGCAUCGUCAGCAAUCCUUCCCGUGAGUGAACGAACUCACAAGGUUUUUUGUGCACCAAAAAUAGGUAGGACAAAGGAUACCCGCAUACGAGUAAAGUACUGGUACUCGUACUCGUACUACGUACUCGCAACGUGCCUCAUGUACCUCGUUUCCGACAGAUCAUCGUCAUCGUUGUUUUUAUUUGAUUGCCUUGAAGUGCCCGUAAGGUACAACUCCUGUAUCGAAUACUUACUUACUUGUACUUCUGAGUGCAUAUCCGAGCUACUGGUAUAGAAUCAUCUCACAGUAACGUGGUGUUGUAACGAAGCAAGACCACAUCACAAAGCCUCGAGAGUAACCUUCUUGUUCUAUACACAACAACACAUAACAACAUAUAACAAAGACCAAGAACGAAAAAUCUUAGUUCCGCACAAUGAAAUUCUUCUUCGCCGCAGCCGCGGCUGCCUUGGCAWCGGCCAGCAACAAGGGUGCAACUGUCGGUGUCACCGCCUUUGCCCCGUCCGGCACCGCAACGAGGAGCGCAAGAACAACGGACAAGAGGUCCUUCCCACCGCUCUUCAAUGUCCCGCCCCCGGCCAGCGACGACGCCACCGCCACGCUGGAGUACGCCUCGAAGCUGCCCCCGCCGGCCUCCUUCUUCCAGCUCCAGCAGGACUGCCUUGCGGCAACCAACCGUGCCCUGGCGGACGACCAGACCCUCCUGGAGGUGGAGUUCCCCCCCCUCCCGGCCUCGGUGCUGGAGCUCGACGACGUCUCGGCCUACGAUGUGGCCCAGGCCAGCCUGCAGCUGGCGGUAGAGUUUUCCCGUGGGAUCGUGGCCACCACGGGGAACGGCGUGGACACGGUCACUAUCCUGCUGCCCGACGAGGACGAAAAGGCGAUCGCCAUCGAGCGGUACACCGGAAAGACCCGGGACCAGGUCGACGACUCGACCUACAACGUCGAGGAGGGCGUCACGGUGUCCUCCCUGAGGCGGAGCGAGGCCGGCGACGACCGUCUCAUUAAGGUGCGUACCGCUAGCAAGCCACACCGCGCGAAACCAAAAGCGCAGCGGAACGGUCUCCCUGGCAUGGCAUGGCAUGGCAUGGCACACCACGCCAAGAAGAGUAGCAGCUUUCUUGUAUGAUAGCCAUGCGUUGUAUCUGCGUGUCUGCGAAUGCGUAUCAUUAUUAUUUGUUUGCGGCAAGAGUCUGUCGGUGACGAGUGGGUUCGAAGUGGGAAAUCGCAGCACAACGAAACGAGGCGGGAUAGGUCGAAGCGGUAGCCAAACAGAGCGACACGAAAUGACCGAAGACAAUGAAAGGGCAGCGAGCUCAAAAAGUUCAUGACAGCUCUACAAAUCAUGUUUGUGAUGGUGCAACGCCGGUGUUGAUUGCAUCUGGUUCGCUGUCAAGACUCUGUAGAGGGGCCUGAAUUUGAUUGCAUUGAACAAGGGCCAAGCGGCAGACAGAGCGCUUCGAUUGGUUUGUGUCGAGUUGAGCACAGUAUUGGAAUCCUUGCGAGGAUUUCGCGACAGAAUUGCCACGAACCACACCACCUAUGCAACAAGUGAAUGGAGGGGUCGACCAAACAGAAACGAGCACCUCCCUCUUGGUCCUCACAGACACCCGCGCUCACUAUGCACAUCGGAUCCUUGAGAGAAAGAGUUAUCGUUUUUCCUCUCUGUGCUGCUUCGGUUUCCUUGAACGAACCGGUGUUCCCAAACUCGAGACGCGACAAAGCAAAAGCGAGCAACAUGCAAUCCAUUCGCCUGGCGCAUUCCUCUGUCUGCUGAUGGAGUAGUGCCUGGAGCAUGGGACAGAUCGGUUUCUGCCGUUGCAUGCGUCGUCGUCAUUCUGUAUCGCAAAGACAUCUUUUUCCACUCGGGACUCAUAAACAAAUCCUUGCCCAGAAAGCUGCUAGGUAUCUUUUCGAGAAAUCCAAUCCAUUGAUUUCCCCCAUGCCUGGGAGUUGCGAUUGAUAUGAACACAAAGCUACGCCAUGUGGGUUUCUCUCACAAAGUUUUUUUUCUCUUCGCUUUUUGUACGCCGUACAAUCUCUCCAAUAAAUGCUCUAUUGGCACGAUUGUUUUUUUUUUCACUGUGAAUUGCGCAUCGCAAUGCCAGCCCGAACAAACGUUUUUGAAUCUCUUUGGAAUGGGAGACGACUCCGUCGAGGCUCGCAGCAGUGCCAUCAAGCCAAUCAACGGCACCGAUCUCUACAUUGUUUUGGUUGCGAGUGCCCAGGAACUCCCCGACAUCGAAGCUCUAGCGGAACAGGUCCCAGAUGUCCCCAUCGUCUUUUACAACCUAAAACUCGAUGUGUUGCGAGGAGAUCUUGGAGCCCCGGCUUUUCCACCAAAAUCCUUCCAGGACCGUUUCCUCUCACGCGUCAAGCCCGUGUAUUACCUGCGCACUCGGCAGUACUCCCGAUCGACGCCGACGCCUCCUUUUUUGAUCAACUACCAGGGCUGCCUCUUUCGGUCGUAUCCCGGACAGUACCAAACCCUGCUUGACACUGGCACAGGAAGCUACAGGCGCCUCAAAGGCAGCGACAUUCGCCCCGGCCUCGGAGAUUUCAAGGAAGAACUGACGGACGCCCUGCGAGACGAGGGCGUCUUGCCAAAAACCGAAGGGGGCGCCCUCGACUUCUUGAGGGUCGGUUACAAGACCACUACCUGGUGGGAGGAAGACCGUGAAGAGGCAUCGAUGGACUGGAGGACUUGAGACACGACACAAAAUUCCCAAAUCAAUGAUCAAACCCAGUGACAGACCAAGUAGCCAUCUCUUCUUAGCUUCCCUUCAUUAUACUUCUUUUUGUUUAUCGCAUAUUUCUGAACUCAAGAGGAAUAUUCUUUUCUUUCAAUUCUACCUAUGCAACUAGUUUUGAAUGCGUGGAAAUGCACAUGAAAAGACGUAGGUGUGAUCACAUACAACUCAAUAUUUAGUAGCAACUCUGGUAGUGUAGAACACAGCUGCAUAACGAAAAAGCAUUGAAAUUCCAAGCACUUUUAUUUUCUCUUUUCCUUAUUUCAUGAAAAUGAACUGAAAACGUUGAC